GGAGCCAGGGCAGCUCAGUUGGAGCUGGCAGGGGAGGAGAGCCUCCGGUGGGGCAUGGAGCUGGCCUCUGCUCAGUGCUGGGGGUGGCCUGUCAGUGCCACCUGUCAGUGUCCAUCAGUGCCAGCUGUCAGUGCUCAUCAGUGCCUCAUGCCAGUGCCCAUCAGUGCCACAUCAAUGCCACAUAUCAGUGCCCAUCUGAGCUGCCUUACAUUGUCACCCAUCAAUGCCAGUCAGUGCAACCAAUCAAUGCCAAUCAGUGCCACUUAUCAGUGAUGCCAAUCAGUGCACCUAUCAGUGCCAGUCAGCGCUUCCUAUCAGUGCCAGUCAGUGCUGCCUAUCAGUGCGCAUCAGUGCCGCCUAUCAGUGCUAGUCAGUGCUGCCUAACAG